UAAAGAGAUGGCGCUGCUAUGUCUCUCCAUUUCAUUAGCAUCAUCUUGACAAAUUCUUUCGAUUAUGGAACUUUUGAGUUUUUCAAUGUUAGAGUUGACCCGCCACCGGUAAAACGCAAACUCUCCCCUCUUCUUGUAUUCUAUCCCUUCCCAGUACCUCAAAAGUUACAAGAAAAGCUCCGAGUUACAAUAUAUAGAGCUUCAAUAUGUGCUGCUACACAGUGGUGCUCAUUGUGUCCUGAUAUCAUAGAAGAUUCCAAAAGCUGAAAGAUAACGUAGCUGUGUAUCUCGUUGUCCUUGCAAACAACCAGCGAAUGCAAGUCUUCCAGGCAGUGAGAAACCAAGAUAGGGACGCAUCUAGAUAGAACAGCUGUUAUUUGGUUGAAAAAGACGCAACUGGGAAUGUGACGGGUUUGGCAAGGAAUGCAAAUAGGAAUUUUAAGCCGUUGAAAUAUCGAGUGGAACGCAAAUAAGUUGGAACCUUGUGAAAGACAGUGUCGCAAAUAAUGAAACCCACAUUGUGGUACUCUUUUAUUAAUAAGAUAUUCAAGGAGUUUGACAAUCCUUCGCGUUUACAUCUCAUAGAACUAGUAUGGCCUGCCAUGUUAUCGUACCCGAAGAAAUCUCUAAAUAAAAGAAUUCCAUCGAAAAUUUCCGAGACUAAAAUAUACCUCGUCAUAGCAUGAAUUUCUACGAUUAUUGAAGUUGGAACCAUACACGGAACUUUCUUUGUUUAGUUCAGUAGAACGCUCUAUGUUAGCUCUCUAAGGAGGGGGACCUAUAAAUGAAGCUCCUUCACU